CUCUGUGAACAGUGUCAGUUCGUGACUGAAAGUCGUUCUGUAACGGUGCAUGCACGUUACGACAUAAACUAAGACAUUGCAUGCAUUCAUUGGGUCUAAACAGAGAAAAGUAAAACAAGAGAUUUAGAAUGGCGACUAAUCAUGACAACCUGAACGGUUCGCACUUGAAUAGCCACGACGAUUUACAAAGUCUUACGUCUUAUCGCCAAGAAAGCGAAAGCCCGAACUUCAGCCAGAAGAGUGCGUGCUUCUCGUAUGGCGGUCGAAGCUUGUUGUCACCCGUUUUGGGUCCAGAAGACGGCUUUCAGGAACUAUCGUCAACCAAUCGGACAAACCGUGCGACCCCUAACGAGAUUUCUGCUCCGUACGAAGUCCCGCAAUUCCCCAUCGAAGAAAUCGAACGGAAAUUAGCCAUUCAGAGGCAACUGAGUCUCAGAUUCCCGCACGAAUUGGCGCCACAUUUAGCAACAUGCCAUGAACCAAAGAUUGAAACCAAUUCUUCUCAGGCGGUCGCCGCAAAUGUAGCCACUGAUGAACAGGAUUACACGCCACUCUUCCAACGUGUCUCUAUUACAGGCGAUGAGGAUACAGGAGGUGAAUUGUGGCGUUCGCUGCUUAGAGUCAACCUGGAGGUGCCCUAUGAAGAUUUGCUGGAUGCGUCUGAAUUGCUGAUUCAAGCGCUGACCCUCCGCAGAGAGUACUGUCGUCCGGCUGAACACUCCUUUCCGUCGACGACAGCCCGCUUCCUCCACACUAACGAACAGAAUGGCGUUGCCCACGUGGAAACAGUUCACGAAGAAAAAAAAACAGUCGAAGGUGGAGGCCAGGCCGCAAAUCAUUUUGAUGGCGAAGUUCCCAGUUUUCAAUACCAAAUGGCUGAAAAGCCAGGUAUCAAAGAUCACCCAAUUCAUCCUCCACCUCACUUCUUGUCUUCACACAACGACGGUGAAAUGCCUCCAUCAGCAAAUUACGUCAUGAAAGCCUUCAACGGCGUUUUUCAAGUAUAUGAAGAUGAAGAAGCUGCCGAAAAUGGGGAAUGUUUGAGUUUCUCCUAUCCAGUAUUUAAAAAGUACAUUGACGACGUUCACAGGAUGUGCAACAUGAUAUCCAAUGGACCACUGAAAUCUUUCUGCUAUCGCCGACUUACUUAUCUCUCUGCCAAAUACCAACUUCACGUCCUGCUCAACGAAAUGCAAGAGUUGGCUUUGCAAAAAUGCGUUCCGCAUCGGGAUUUCUACAACAUUCGAAAGGUGGAUACCCACAUUCACGCAGCCUCAUGUAUGAAUCAGAAGCAUUUGCUGCGAUUCAUCAAGAAGAAAAUAAGGGACAGUGGUAAUGAAGUUGUUUGCCUAAACAAGAAAGGUCAAGAAUUGACACUGAAUCAGGUUUUUGAAGAAAUGAACCUUUCUGCCUACGAUUUAACCGUCGAUAUGCUCGACGUGCAUGCGGACCGCAACACUUUUCACAGGUUCGAUAAGUUCAAUGCUAAAUACAAUCCAAUCGGAGAAAGUCGUUUGCGUGAAGUAUUCCUUAAAACUGAUAACUAUGUCGGAGGAAAAUAUUUUGCCGAAAUUAUUAAGGAAGUUGCCUCAGAUUUGGAAGAAAGCAAGUAUCAAAAUGCCGAAUUGCGACUGUCAGUGUAUGGAAAAUCUGCCGAUGAAUGGGAGAAAUUGGCCAAGUGGGCUCAUAAUUUCCAAGUGUAUUCAGACAACAUCCGUUGGCUAGUCCAAAUGCCGCGCUUAUAUGAUAUUUAUCGUUCAAACAAGCUGAUAAGCAACUUCCAGCAACUGAUCGACAAUCUUUUUCUGCCUCUGUUUGAAGCAACGAACAAUCCAGAAGCACACCCCGAGCUUCAUUGUUUUUAUUGGCAGCUGGUAGGUUUCGAUUCCGUCGAUGACGAAAGUAAGCCUGAACAUCCAGUGUUCGACAGAGAGGUUCCUACACCCGAACAAUGGACAGAAGAAGAGAAUCCCCCUUAUGCUUAUUACGUCUACUACGUGUACGCCAACAUGUGUGUUCUGAAUCAGUUUCGAAAGUCUCGAGGAAUGAACACAUUUGUCUUCAGACCUCACUGCGGGGAAGCAGGACCGGUUCAACAUCUGAUAUGUGGUUUCCUUCUAGCUGAAAACAUUUCCCAUGGAUUGCUGCUAAGAAAGGUCCCAGUGUUGCAGUAUCUGUACUACCUUUGUCAGAUUGGGAUAGCCAUGUCUCCGUUGAGUAACAAUUCUCUUUUCCUUAAUUAUCAUCGCAACCCGCUACCCGAAUUUCUUGCCCGAGGAAUGUGUAUUUCUCUUUCGACGGAUGAUCCUCUUCAGUUUCAUUUUACCAAGGAACCUCUAAUGGAAGAAUACAGCAUUGCAGCCCAAGUGUGGAAACUGAGUCCGUGUGAUAUGUGCGAAUUGGCCCAUAAUUCUGUUCGAAUGAGUGGUUAUCCUCAUAAAGUCAAGCAACACUGGCUGGGUCCCAAUUACACGCGGGAAGGUGUGCCUGGUAAUGACAUAUUCAGGACAAACGUCCCGGAUAUACGAGUGGCGUACCGCUAUGAAACGUUGGUGGCGGAACUCAAUAGCAUUUUUAAAACCGUUUCACUGAGCGAACAUAAAGAACACUCGAACGAGAAAAUUAGCGACUCUGCAACUCUAGGACAAAAGUAGUCGACUAACUGGUUCGACUAAUAUAAAUUUUUUAGAACUAUUGAGGUGCACUUUAUUAUUUUUGGAUGGGCUAAAGUCGAUUACCGAUAUUUCUAAAGUUCCAUAUAACACGAAUUAUAACUAGGUCCUUUUUUUUUUGCUAUAUUUCCCCUUUUUUUACAAUCAUUCCUUGAUUUGGUACUAAAAGGCAUUGUUUUACGUCUUAUCUAUCCACUGUACGCAAAAACAUGUAGAAAUCGUUUUCAUCCAAAAAUAAACCGUAUAACAUCCUAA